AUGAUACCGGCUGAAGGUCCAUCGCGAAGGGAAUAUCUUGUCGAGGCAAUCCUUUCUAAGCCCGUUUCUGCAGAACUCUGUUCGCCCAUUAAAGCGAUGGCAGAUCAUGUUUCAGUGAAUGUGUAUGAAGGUGAAUCGAAAUGUUUUGAUGAUGAUGGUCGUUUGAAAAGAAGAGGGACUGUUUGGACGGCAAGUGCUCACAUAAUUACAGCUGUGAUUGGUUCUGGAGUUCUAUCAUUGGCUUGGGCCACUGCUCAACUUGGAUGGAUUGCUGGUCCAACUGUAUUGCUUCUCUUCUCCUUUGUUACUUACUACACUUCUUCUUUACUCUCCGAUUGUUACCGUACAGGAGACCAACUUACUGGAACAAGAAACUAUACUUAUAUGGAUGUUGUCCGAGCCAAUUUUGGUGGGGUUCACGUUAAGAUUUGUGGGGUUAUUCAAUAUGUUAAUCUUGUUGGAGUUGCAAUUGGCUACACCAUUGCAUCUUCUAUUAGCAUGGUUGCUGUCAAAAGGUCUAAUUGUUUCCAUAACCACGGUCAUCAUGCUGCUUGCUAUGUUUCAAGCACACCCUACAUGAUCAUGUUUGGAGUCGUGGAAAUUAUCUUGUCACAAAUCCCAGAUUUUGAUCAGAUUUCGUGGCUUUCUAUUGCCGCUGCUGUUAUGUCCUUCACUUACUCUACCAUUGGUCUUGGUUUAGGAGUUGCUAAAGUUGCUGAAACAGGAAAAAUACAAGGAAGUCUAACUGGGGUUAGCACUGGAACUGAAAUCCACAAGAUAUGGAAAAGCUUUCAAGCUCUUGGAGCUAUAGCUUUUGCUUAUUCUUACUCCCGGGUCCUUAUUGAGAUUCAGGAUACACUCAAAUCACCACCAGCAGAAGCAAAGACGAUGAAGAAGGCAUCACUAAUAAGUGUGGCAGUAACAACUGUUUUCUACAUGCUUUGUGGCUGCUUUGGCUAUGCAGCAUUUGGAGACCAAUCUCCUGGAAACCUACUCACUGGAUUUGGAUUCUACAACCCAUAUUGGCUGCUGGACAUAGCCAACGUGGCCAUCGUUGUCCACCUAGUGGGUGAUUACCAAGUUUUCUGCCAACCCCUUUUCGCCUUUGUUGAAAAAAAAGCAGCUGAAUGGUACCCAGACAGCAAAAUCAUCACGAAAGAGAUUGAUACCCCAAUCCUCGGCUGUAAGCCCUUCAAGCUCAACUUUUUCCGUCUGAUUUGGAGGACCAUUUUCGUGAUCUUCACCACAGUCAUAUCUAUGCUGAUGUCAUUCUUUAAGGACGUCGUUGGCAUUCUUGGAGCCUUUGGAUUUUGGCCACUUACAGUCUACUUCCCAGUAAAAAUGUACAUUGUGCAAAAGAAUAUCCCCAAAUGGAGUGGAAGGUGGAUUUGCCUUCAACUACUUAGUGGAGCUUGCCUUGUUAUCUCAAUUGCUGCAGCUGUUGGUUCUUUUGCUGGAAUUGUUUCGGAUUUACAAGUUUACUGGCCUUUCAAAUAA